UCGACUGGUUUUCCAAGAACGGCCAUUUUUGAUGUGACGUUACUCACCGGAAGCUUUUGCUCAAAACGAAACGGAAAAAGAGACCCUUUAAACUUAUAAUGUCGAGAAGGAUUCAUCCCGCUUUUCAGAGUAAGACAGUGGUAAGGUUGGAGUGCAAAUACUGUGAAAGAAGCAUCUGUGCUCGCGGAAUGAGAGCACUUCUACUGGCCGACACGAAAGUGGAGCUGUACUCGACAGAUUUACCCCCUGAAAACUCCAUUCAAUUAAUAGGAACAGAUUACUCGACACAAAACUGCGAGUGUCGGAUCAAAGAUGUUGCGUGUCUCGGGUGUGGAAAUGUCGUUGGAUAUCAUGUAACACUUCCAUGCCAGUCUUGCAUUCGAUCCUGCAACAACGGCCAUUUUUGGAUGUUUCACUCCAAUGCGGUUCAUCCCCUGGAAAGACUCGAUCAAACAGGAGUUCAGAUCAUGCUCUGGGGAUCCCUUCCCAACUGCAAAGAAGACCAUGAAAUGAGCGAUGAUGAUCUCUUGAUGGAAGAGUGCUUGAGAUAAAUUUAUACAAAGGGAUUAUUUUAUAAAUGAAACUAAUAGAAAAGUCAUAUUUAUAUAUCAAAAGAUACAAAAUCAGUGUAAAUAUGUUUAUGUUGUAUAGUGACACUGAUUUGUGUCAGUUGCACAAACUCCUGCAGAAUGAUAGCAGGUUUGAGCACUUCAAUUACAAUCUUGGAAGAUGGCUUUGAUCAUUUUAAAAGUGUAAUGCUUGUGUAGCUGUUCCAAUUUGGCCACAAGACUUGAUUUGCUAUUCAGGAAAGUUCAUGUGAUUGUCAAUAUUAAAUAUCAGCUACAUCACCACCAUAGGUCCAUUUCUAUCAGCUUUAUAAUUUGCCAAGUGACAAGGCAUUAAACAAACUGACAAGGAAAAAACAUAGGCAAAAAUUGUGGAGUACAUAUUGUAGGAUGACAGAUUUCAGACUGAGGUAGUUUUUGUUUUUGUUUUUUUUUUUGCCUCAUUAUGUGUCAAGGGAAGUUAUAUUUUUUCAAAAUUUUGCUGAAAUGUUAAAUGAUGAUAAAUGUGAUGUUUUCAAACUUAAAUUAGCUGUUGGCAGUUAUAUUUCUACUGGCUUGCAAGCAUUCUAAUUUCAUUGUUAAAGAGCAGAGGUGAAUCCCAAAAAUAUUACUGGUACAUUUGCGUGACUUAUGAUAAAAACACAUUUCUUUAUCUUAAGAAUUUCAGUCAGUCUUUGUAGCAGUUGUUAUGUCAAGGAAUUUAUUAAUUUCAAAAGUGGUAUAUCAAAUUACAAUUUUUUACUUUUUCCCUAUUUGUUUUGGUCAGUUUAUUUAAGUUUGAGAUUAGGCUGAGAUCUAGGUGUAAUAAGCUAUGAGUUUAAGGUACUGUAAGUUCCACUUCAAUUUUGGUCUGUGGAUGUGACAAAGUCACUGGUUGAUUUGAAAUGUGCAUGGUUUCACAACACAUGUAAUAGAGUGAUUAUUUUUUUAGAACAUAAACACAUUUUUCACAGACAAUUAGUAAUAAAAAUCCCAACCCAUUUGCACUUGGUUUAAGUAAUUCAAUUUCCUCUUAUGUUACAAAAAAAGGCAAAGAGUUUGUAGUGGUACUUAAGAAGUAAACUGGCCACUGUCAAGUGCUAAAUAUAAAAUAGUUUUUAUUGUUAA